CCUCAGUGUGCCUCCAUCACCCCGGUGUGUGUGGACCUGGCAGACUGGGGGGCCACGGAGGCGGCCCUGCAGGACGUGGGCCCCAUCGACCUGCUGGUGAACAACGCAGCCUGCGCCACUCUGCAGCCGUUUCUGGAGGUCACACCAGACAAGUUCGACCAGUCCUUCGAUGUGAACGUGAAAGCGGUGCUGCAUGUCUCCCAGAUGGUGGGCCGGGGUAUGAGGGCCCGAGGGUCCGGAGGCUCCAUCGUGAACGUGUCCAGCCAGGCGUCACAGCGCGCCCUCAGAGAGCACGCCGUCUACUGUGCCUCUAAAGCAGCUCUGGACAUGCUGACUAAAGUGAUGGCUCUGGAGCUGGGCCCCUACCAGAUCCGUGUGAACAGUGUGAACCCCACAGUGGUGAUGACGGACAUGGGGCGGCUGGGCUGGAGCGACCCCGAGAAAUCCAACACCAUGAUGUCCAGAAUCCCCCUGGGCCGCUUCGCAGGUAAAGGCCCUGACACACCAAGCAGUCACCAGAGAACUCGCCGACGCUGAAGCCGAUUGUUGCGUCGGC